GUACUAUUAUUUAUUGUGGCUAUCAUUACUUCACACUCCUCUUUCCAGCCUAUUAGAAUUAACUAGUUAUUAUAAUUUAUGAAGUGUAUGACAUGAUCCCUAACAUUAAUAUCAUUAAGAUGAAUUGCAGAUGCUCUUUAAUUAUCCCCGUAAUCACAAUACCGGGAACUACAAUUUAGGGAAAACGAAACCUAUGGUCCGCUGUUUAUCUAGAGACCGCCUGGGUUCAUGAAAAACAAGCUAAACCAGGAAGAAACUUUUGAAACAGUCCGAUCGACGCCAAAGGGCGCUUCUCUUUCGUUUAUUAAAACGGGGACCAACACCAUGGCUGAAGGUAAAGGCAACAUCUCAGAGAAAAUAGAAGAGGAGUUCCUGCAAUGUAAGAUCUGUUUUGAGGUGUACAGGACACCUCGCACCCUGUCCUGCCUUCAUUCUUUCUGUGAGCCAUGUUUGGAGCUGCUGCUGGACAAACAGAAAGGCACAGUGACCUGUCCAGAGUGCCGCGCAGUCAGUGACCUGCAGGGCUGCGUCCGCAAUGCCAAAGCCAGCUUUUUCAUCAACAGCCUCCUGGACCUUUUCCGAUCCAAGACCACCGAACAAACAGCCUGUUCGCUGUGUCCGGCCUUGGGUAAGUCUGCUGUGCCCGCCUCCUCGCGUUGUUUGGACUGCGCCGACUUCCUGUGCACGGUCUGCGCCCAGGGCCACUGCCUCUCCAAGCUGACGCUGGAGCACCGAGUGGUGAGUCUGGAGGACUACAUUGCUGGGCGCUACGAUGAGGAGGCCAGGAGAAAGCAGGAGCGCCACUGCCAGAACCACCAGGAGCCUCUGCGGUUCUACUGUAACACCUGCUCCAGCACCAUCUGCAGGGACUGCCGCAUGCUGGAGCACUUCUCCCACGAGGUGCUGUCCCUGGCCCAGGCCACCACAGCCAGGAGGCCCCAGCUAGAAGAGCUCAUCGGCAGCCUGGACGGCAACAUAAGGAGCCUGUCUCAGCAGGAGCAGGAGGUGGGCUCCGCCAUACAGCAGCUUAAGGAGGCAGAGAGCGUCAUUAUAGACCAACUCGCAGGACACAUAUCACUUAUAAUGGAACAGCUGUUCACUCAAAGGGAUGCUGUUUCUAAGGAACUGUCCGACUUCAUCCAACAGCAGGAGCAGAAGUACCUGUCGAUUAAAAGUGAUCUCUGUGAUCAUGUCAACUCAGCACAAAAUACCAAAGACUUCUCCUCACAAGUCAUGCAGAAGGGAAAGGACUAUGAAAUCCUGGAUCUGGAGCAGACCAUUCAGGGGCAAAUUGAGAGACUUAAGAAAGUCAGCAUCCCAGUCGUUGAGACGAAAACCCCUUUGCUGAUGAUAAAGGAAGAUAUAGACUUGUCCAGUGGAAUGUUCCAGUUAAUGUUUGACGUACACGCGGAUUCACAGAAGAGUCCAAAUGUGUCUGACACCGGCAUCAAACAAGAGCCACAGACAUCGGCUCCGAAAACUGCUGAGACAUGCGCUCAAGCAAGCUCAUCCACCCCUCCUCAAGCUCAGCCAGCUCAGGCCAUGCAGCAGAUCCCGCCUCCAAGUCCAUGCGGGAACCAACACAGCAACAUUCCAAGUUCAUUCUCUUUAAUCCGUUCUUUUGACACAGAUGAUGACGAGAGCAGUAAUCAGGAGAACAUAACCGGCAUUAGUCUGUUCCCAAGCCGGGACAUAGUGAUUGCAGAUAACAGCAACUUCAAGAUCAAGAGAGUAAUCCGAAAUGGACGGAUUAGGGAAACCAUCACCACUGAAGACACGGGCUGCAAUGACAUCAACCCUUUCAGUGUUGCGGUGUGAACGUGGACGCUGGUCUCUGGGCCUU